CAUUUUUUAUUAAAAAUAAUCCCUCACCCACCAUGUCAUACUAAUUUUUUGUUGUCUCUUCAUUUUUUUUCCCUCUCUAAACCAUUCUCCCUCACUUUGAUACCAAAAAGCAACCAAAACCUUUUUGUUUUUUUCUCCUCAAAAUUCCAAUCUUUAGAAACUAAUCAGCAAAAAUACCAUCUUUCACUCACCUCCCAUGAACCCUUCAAGGGAGAAGCAUUCAGCUGAACUAGAUCUGAGGUUGUGAAUGAUUUUGGCAGUUUGGGGUUAUCCUUCAUGAGGUUCUUUUUAAACCUUAAGUUAGAAUUAGGAUAAAACAAACUUGGAUUGCAUGUGUUGUAUAUGAAGUUUCUUGAGUAUUAGUGUAGUUUUGAGUUGUUCCUCAGAGAUAUUAUUUAGGAUUUUUUUUGUUAUCUGUUGGACAUUUGGCUAAAUUGUGGUGGAGAAGUAGAAAGGUUUGAAAAUGCAGAGACCACCUCAAGAAGAUUUUGAUGGAGGGAAGGUUACUGGUGAUAUGCUUACUAGGACCUAUGAUUUGGUUGAGCAAGUGCAGUAUCUUUAUGUCCGGGUGGUGAAACCGAAAGAUUUACCUGGGAAGGAUCUUGAUCCUUACGUUGAGGUUAGGCUGGGAAACUAUAGUGGUACAACUCGUCAUUUUGUGAAGAAAACGAAUCCUGAAUGGAAUCAGGUGUUUGCAUUUUCAAUGGAUAGGAUUCAGGUAAUUUCCGUUCUUGAGGUGAACGUGAAAGAUAAGGAUGAUUCUGUUGGUCGUGUUAUGUUUGAUUUGAAUGAGAUCCCUAAAAGGGUCCCCCCAGAUAAUCCUCUUGCUCCGCAGUGGUAUAGGUUGGAGGACGGAAGUGGUAGCAAAGUUGAAGGAGAGUUGAUGAUGGCUGUUUGGAUGGGUACUCAAGCUGAUGAAGCCUUUGCAGAAUCUUGGCAUGCGGAUGCAGCCACUGUUAGUGGUGCUGAUUCUCUUGUGAAUAUAAGGUCUAAGGUUUACCUCUCACCAAAGCUGUGGUACCUUAGAGUUAAUGUGAUUGAGGCUCAGGACUUAAUUCCCGGUGACAGAAGUAGGUUUCCAGAAGUUUACGUGAAGGCCAUCCUCGGAAAUCAGGAAUUGAUAACCAAAGUUUCCAGGAGCAAGACUAUUAAUCCCAUUUGGAAUGAGGAUUUGAUUUUUGUAGCAGCAGAACCAUUUGAGGAGCCAUUGAUUUUGAGCGUGGAAGAUAGAGUUGCACCGAACAAAGAUGUAAUACUUGGAAAAUGUCUUAUUCAUUUGCAGUACAUUGAGAGGAGGUUGGGCCACAGACGUAUGAACAGCAAGUGGUAUAAUCUUGAAAAGCAUGUUAUUGUUGAGGGAGAAAAGGAGGAGGAAAUCAACUUUGCAAGCAGGAUUCACAUGAGCCUAUAUUUAGAAGGAGGCUACCAUGUUCUGGAUGAAUCAACAAACUACAGUGGUGAUCUUAGACCAACUGCAAAACAGUUGCAGAAAUCCAGCAUUGGUAUCCUAGAAUUGGGUAUUCUGAAUGCUCGGGGACUUCCGCCGAUGAAAACAAAGGAUGGGAGGGCUUCGACAGAUGCCUAUUGUGUUGCCACAUAUGGGCACAAGUGGGUCCAAACAAGGACAAUUAUAGAUAGCCUUGCUCCCAAGUGGAACGAGCAAUACACUUGGGAAGUAUUUGAUCCCUUCACUGUCAUAACCAUUGGUGUAUUUGAUAAUUGUCAUCUACAUGGAGGAGAUAAACCUGGAGGCCAGGCUAGGGACUCGAGGAUUGGAAAGGUCAGGAUCCGUCUUUCAGCUCUCGAGACAGAUCGUGUCUACACACAUUCUUAUCCGUUGUUGGUCUUUCAAUCUACUGGGGUAAAGAAGAUGGGUGAAAUUCACUUGGCAGUUAGGUUUACUUGCUCAUCAUUAAUGAAUAUGAUGCAUUUGUUCUCUCAGCCUCUGUUACCCAAAAUGCACUAUAUUCAUCCACUAAUUGUUGAAGCUAAUUGGAUUCACAAACAAAUGAAGAUAGACAAGUUGAGGCAUCAGGCUAAUCAGAUGGUCUCUAUGUGGUUGAGCCGUGCUGAGCCGCCUUUGAGGAAAGAGAUAGUGGAGUAUAUGUUAGAUGUCAACUCUGACAUGUGGAGUAUGAGGAAAAUCAGAGCCAACUUUUUAAGAAUUAUGGAUGUUUUAGGUGGAUUAAUUGCUAUUAGGAAAUGGUUUGAUCAAAUUUGCAAUUGGAAAAAUCCCAUUAGGACUCUUGUGAUCCAUGUCUUGUUCAUGAUACUAGUUCUAUAUCCGGAGCUUAUUCUGCCUACCGUAUUCCUCUCGCUCUCCUUAAUCGUAGUUUGGAACUAUAGAUAUAGGCCUAGGCAUCCUCCCUUCAUGGACAUUCGUCUUUCUUGUGCUGAUGAUGCUCAUCCUGAUGAACUGGACGAGGAGUUUGAUACUUUCCCUACUUCACGUCGAACUGAUAUUGUUCGGAUAAGGUAUGACCGUUUGAAAAGUAUUGCUGGAAGUUUUCAGAAUGUGGCUGGUGACAUAGCUAAUCAACUGGAGAGGCUGGACUCUUUGCUGUCAUGGAGAGACCCUACAGCGACCAAACUGUUUGUUAUUUCCUGCUUGAUUGCUGUCAUUGUUCUCUAUUUCAUGGGUUUUCGAGUUGUGAUUCUUGUCACUGGAUUUUAUGUGUUAAGACAUCCAUGGUUCCAUCAGAACCUACCAUCUGCUCCACUCAAUUUCUUCACUAGAUUGCCUGCCAGAAUAGAGUCUAUGCUAUGAGCUCCACUUGCUACUUAUUAUCCAUUCUCGCCUUUAGUUGUCGUUAUUUAGAAAAAUAA